AGCACUUGUAUAUGACUGAACCGGCUCUUGGACGACUAUUUACUUAGCACGAACGGUAUACAACUUAUUUACAUCCACCCAGACAGUUGACAGCAUGACUUCGUCCUUUCCGCCCCAGCCGGUGAACACCAUUGAUUGGGAUGACAUUGGAUUCAAAGUCCGCGAAGUGAACGGUCACAUCGAGUCCACUUACUCCACCAAGACGGGAGAAUGGACUGCUCCCAAGUUUGUGCACGACCCAUUUCUCCGCCUCCAUGGCAUGGCACCAGGCCUCAACUACGGCAUGCAGUGCUACGAAGGACUGAAGGCCUCUCGUGGACCCGACGACAAGACGAUUGGAAUUUUCCGACCAGAAGCCAAUGCAGAGCGGAUGCAACACUCUGCGUCGUACGUCAGCAUGCCCGCAGUACCAGUCGAGCUGUUCAAGAAAUCUGUGCAUUUGGCUGUCAGCUUGAAUGCAGCAUAUGUUCCACCGCACCGAACUGGUGCAAGCAUGUACAUUCGACCACUUCUUUUUGGAUCCAGUGCACAACUUGGUCUGGACCCACCUGAGGAGUAUACCUUUUUGGUCUACGUCAUGCCCACAGGCGUCUACCACGGCGUUCACCCCGUAGCAUGUCUCAUUUUGGAGGAUUUUGAUCGCGCCGCACCUGAGGGUACGGGAAGUGCCAAGAUCGGUGGCAACUACGCUCCCGUCCUGCGACACAGCGGAAAGGCGAAGAAAGAAGGCUAUGGCAUCACGCUGCACCUGGACAGUCGGACACGUACCGAAGUCGACGAAUUCUCCACGUCGGGCUUUAUUGGAAUUCACGGAAACCCUGAUCAGGGCUGCACAAUCGUCGUGCCCGACAGUAAGAACGUGAUCAAGUCUGUCACGAGCAACACGAUCUGCGAAAUUGCCAAGAGCUGGGGUUGGAAGGUUGAGCAAAGACCUAUCAAAUACGAAGAAAUCGGAACCUUCACCGAAGUCGCCGCAGCAGGCACAGCAGCAGCACUCGUCCCCAUCAAGAGCAUCACCAUGCAGUCCAAGAACGACACCUUCAAGUACCAAGGUGGAGGCGACGAGCCCGGGCCCGCUGUCAUCAAGCUUCUCGCUCAGCUCAAAGGCAUUCAGCAGGGCAAGGUCAAGGACGAGUUUGGAUGGGUCGAACAAGUCCGAGCGUACAAGCCGGAGGAGUAUGUCCACGAUGGUGCUGGUGAGGCGAAUGGCACUGCCAGUGGGCAGACGCCGAAUGAGCUGCCUUGAGAGUAGUGACAUGUUUGGGACGAGAUCGUUGCUUUGUGGGGAAUACGGUAGGUAGGUAUGCGUGUAAGGUAGAGUAGACGAGAAACAAUCAAAAGUCAAGCUCUGGUUUCGGUUGCGAAGCGCCUGUACUGUAUACUUAAGGUAAGGUAGAUUAUGCUAUGAUGAACUUUUGUACUUUUCG